GGGCGGAGCGGGGCCGGGGGCGGAGCGGGAGCCGUGGAACUUUCCAGAUCGCGGUCGGGGCGGCGAGGAGGAGCGGGGCGAGCGGCGGCCAUGGAGGCGGAGAUGUGGACCAACAGCAUCAACCAGGCCAAUAAGAUGGCGCUGCUUACCUGGACAAAAGAAACCGGCAUCGACCUGGUGCAGGUCAAUGGGCAGAGGCGAUACGGUGCCCCCCCCCCAGGCUGGGUGGGCGACCCACCGCCAGCUGGCACAGAGGUGUUCAUUGGGAAGCUGCCGCAGGACAUGUACGAGAACGUGUUGAUCCCGCUCUUCCAGAGCGUGGGGAAGCUCUACGAGUUUCGCCUCAUGAUGACCUUCAGUGGGCUCAACCGGGGCUUUGCCUACGCCAAGUACAGCAACCGGCGCGGCGCCAAGGAGGCCAUUGCUGCCUUCAACAACUACGAGGUGCAGCAGGGCUGCGCCAUCGUGGUCUGCAGGAGCACAGAGAAGUGCGAGCUGAGCAUGGACGGCCUGGCCGCCUCGGUGAGCCGGCGGGAGCUGGAGGCCGUGCUGCGGCAGGUCACGGAGGGAUUCCUCAGCAUCACCCUGUAUGCCAGCCCCUGCCAAAAACGGGCCCAGCUUGCUGUGCUGAGGUACAGCUCGCACCGGGCUGCUGCCAUGGCCAAGAAGACCCUGAUGGAGGGGAGCACAAGGCUCAGCGGGUUGGAGGUAAGGGUGGACUGGCUGAACCCCAGUCUGAAGCAGAAGCUGCAGUCGGGCAAGGAGAAGCCGCCGUCCAGCUGGGUGCAAGGGGGCAAGCGCCUGGGGGUCCCCAAGCCAGCGCCCCUGCCCCCGGUGCUGCGCGACGCGCUGGACCGCCUGAACGCCCUGUGCCAGAGGCGGUACCUGGGCGCCCCCCUCUUCCUCACCAAGUGCAUCCAGGCGAACCCCAACGGGUGGCUGAUGUUCUGGUGCCGGGUGGUGAUCCCGGGGUGCCCGGUGCCUUUCAGUGGGUUCACGUGGGUCCGUCUGGCUGGACCAGGCAGGAGCGGCCAUGAGGAGGCGAAGGUGGCGGUGGCUCUGCAGGUUCUCCGGCUGCUAGGUGAGUCCUUGCAGGGCGUCCGUGCCAACCCCCUGCCUUUCCCAAAGUCUUGGAGCUUCUCCUGGGAGCGUGGAGCGGCGGUACGUCUGGUUGGGGGGGGAACCCAGCCUGGCAGGGCUGAAUCACUGUCACCCCGCCCCCCCCCACCGCCAGUGUGGCCCCGGUGGCUCUGAGCUCCGGGUGGGAUUCCUGGUUGGAAGCGGAGGAGACAAGGGGAGGGGGUUUUGGGGUGCUGCUCCCCGCAGCACCGCGCAGAGCCCCAUGCUGUCCUCUCCGCUGCAGGGUGCCCGCUGACGUAGCCAGCC